GCAAGCCAGAAAACCUUUCACUCACUUGGAAGUUAAACUUGGAGGUUUUGAACUUUCCAAGUUCCCAGUUGGAAGUUUCGGCUAUAACACCCCCUGAAGUCAGAUUUCUAAUUCGUAAGAUCUGACCUCUAAAUCCACGAUGGCUGCCUGAAUUCAACCUAAGAGUUUGUUUUGUGUUUCCUGUUUUAUUUUGUAGUUCUCCCCUGUCUGUCUUCCACUUCCUGCCUUGUUGUUGAUGCACCUGUCCCUGAUUAGUUUUACCUGGUGUCCUGCAUGGCCAUUGAGUCCCUGUAUUUCCUGUUUCUGUACUCUACCUCUAUGUGUCUUACAUGUCUUACAGUAUGUGUGUUUUUAAGCUUACCCGUGUUCUUGCUCUGUUCCAGUGUUCUUAGUUCAUAUUUUUGCCCUGGACCACCUUUAGUUUAUUUUCAAAUAUUGCUCCUGUGUUCCUUUGUGUUCAACCCAGGCCAGUUUGACGCCCGCUACAGCCAAAUUGAGCAUCACUCCCAACAGAGCUCAGUUCUUUCAGUAUGACUCCAUCAUUAUGAAGUGUGAAGCAGGUGAGGUGAGAAGAAACACCGCCACUGCUUCAUCUGAGGCAUGUAUGGCUGGAUGGGGGCUCAAAGGUGACUCCUUCUGCGAAGUUGAAGAUGCCUUCAAAUCAGACACGGGAGUGUACUGGUGUGAAACUCAGCGAGGGGAGCGUAGCAACCCAAUCAACAUCACAGUGACCGAGGGUGCUGUGAUCCUGGUCAGCCCUGCACAUCCUGUGACAGAUGAAGAUGAAGUGACACUCUUCUGUUCCUACAAGGCAGGAGGCAGCGACAUGACUUCAGAUUUCUCUGCUAAGUUCUUCAAAGAUGGUGUUUUUAUUGGCACAGAGCCUGCAGGGAAGAAGAUCAUCAAAAAGGUGUCCAGGUCUGAUGAAGGCUACUACGAGUGUGAACAUACCACGAAAAAAAGGUCACCGAAGAGCUGGCUGGCUGUGAGAGGCAGAACUACAAGUAACUCCACAAGUAUCCCUAUCGAGCCAUCUCCACCAACUCCUCCUGUCAUUACUGUGCCAAAGCUGGUGUGCACCAUCCUGCUGUUCAUCCUCUACACUGCCAUACUCAUUUUGUGCAUAUACAUGUAUCGAAAGUGGGCUCAAGCUCGAGCUGAUGAAAUGAAAACUGCUCCUGAUGAAGAAUUUUGAAAUGAAAGAGGAAGACUCACAUUAAACAGCUUGUUCAUAUGCCAACACCAGUGUUAAGAGAAAAUAAUUAUCCUAUACUAUAUACUCUACUAUAUAUACUGUACUACCCUAUACGUAUUGCCUCAUUUUAUGUAUAGCAACAUUUAAUUAACUGCUGCAUCUGAUAAAAACACAAGUUUAGCUUUUUUUAUGUUUCAAUAAAGAGUCUGGUGGCUCUCCAACAGUGUGGUCAUUUCUACUGACAGAAGAUGAACUUGGACCUGACAUGAUGCUUCAGUGGUUUAUUUCAUAUUUCUGCCACUUUAUCCAAUCGUUCUUGGAACAUUUCACUUAAAUCCAUGAAUGUGAACUUGUUAGUGUGUCACCAAAGAUCCUCUGAGCAGCAUCAGUAUCUGAUGAAAUGAUCAU